AUGAUCCUUACAAGCAUUUACUCUGAUUUUGUCUCAGAAAAAAAUCCCAGUCCCCAAUUCACCGACUCUGUGUUUGAGCGACCGGCUUUAUGGACGGCGACUUCUUUCAGUUCCUCAGAGGACUUUGAGGACCUGCAAUUGGGCCAACCACUGCCGGCUCGAUUGAAGGACUACUAUACGCCCCCCGCAACCCACGUACUCCCGGACCCUCCAUCGGAGACAAAUUCCUCGCGACUCUUUAUGUCGUCGCCUGCAAGCCAGGUGGGUGUUUGGCGCUAA